AUGUCAAUUGAUUAUAGUAUUUGUGUUGGCUUUCAUAAACAAUACAAAUUUUGUGAACAAAAAAUUCUUGAUGAUGAUUCUCUUACAGAAGAAGAAAAAACUGAAGCAAUAAGAAAAAAUAAUAAAUCUUAUGACCGAGAUAAAAUUCUUUAUAAUUCAGGAACGAGAAGAAUUUGUGAACAUUGUAACCAAAAAUGUUUAGCUACAUUAUAUUGUGAAUAUUGUGUUCGAAAUUAUUUAAGAGCAAAUUUUCCAAAUUGGACAUCUGGAAAUAAUGAUAUCGAUAAUUUAAUAAAAAAUUGCCAAACGGAAACACUUAGACCAAAUGUUAUUAUUGAAUGGAUCCCAUUUAAUAACUUACAAAAUAUUGAAUAUCUGACAAAAGGUGGGUUCUCAGAGAUUUACACAGCAAAAUGGAUUGAUGGUCAAUAUGAAGAAUGGGAUUCUAAAGAACAACAAUUAAUAAGAUUUGGAAUUCAUAAA